GAGAACAGUUAGGUCAGUAGCACAAAAAGUAACCCUAGCAUCCGUGACUUUGAUGUAAUUACCUUGCUUUAAUAGAGAAAUUCGCGAAAAAUGUAACUUAAAUUAAUUCACAAUAGCUUACACAGUGAAAAACGGAGAAUAAGAUAAUUACAUUUCCUGCUAAAAGUCCAUGUUUGGGCUCUAAAAUUUGCUAGCCACCCCCACCUUGAGUCCAGCGUUGAAAAAAAGUCAAGUGGCUAACUCUUAAGCUAACGCGAAGCUAGGCAAACAUUACUUGGCUAACCGGACGCGUUGACAGUGUUUUGCUUGUCAAGUACUUCACAUUAACAUCAUUAAUGUGAACUACCGACACUGUCAAACUGAAUGUGUAAACGUGACACACCGAGCUGUGUCGUUACCUUAGCAGCCAACAGCAUUGAAGGUAAAGAAAAUGUUAGCUAGCUAGCUAAUAAGACGGCGGCAUUAGCUUUAGCAUAACAUAGCUGCGCUUGGGAGUCAGCUGACAGCCUGCUGUAAGCUGCCAGCAGACCAGUGAUGGAUCAACUGAAAGUAAAGGAUCGCAUAUUGGAAAACAUAUCCCUGUCUGUGAAGAAGUUGCAGAGUUACUUUGCGGCCUGUGAAGAUGAGACCCCAGCUAUCCGGAAUCACGACCGGGUCCUUCAGCGUCUCUGUGAACACCUGGACCAUGCUCUGCUGUACGGCCUGCAGGACAUCUCCUCAGGCUACUGGGUCCUGGUCCUUCACUUCAGCAGGAAAGAGGCUGUCCGUCAGAUAGAUGAGCUCCAGCACAUAGCGACCAACCUCGGCCGAAGCCGUGCAUGGUUAUACCUUGCAUUGAGUGAGAGCUCUUUGGAGAGUUAUCUACGCCUCUUCCAGGAGAACCAAGCAUUACUGCAGAAGUAUUAUUUCAAGAAUGCAUUAGUCUGCAGCCAUGACCACCUCACACUCUUCCUCACGCUGGUGUCCGGCCUGGAGUUCAUCCGCUUUGACCUGGAGCUGGAUGUGCCCUAUCUGGACGUGGCCCCCUACAUGCCAGAAUACUACAAACCCCAUAACCUGCUGGACUUUGAGGAGCGGCUGCCCAGCUCCGACAGCCUGUCCCUGCACUCCUUCACCUCCCUCACCUCCACCAACCUGGAGUGGGACGACAGCGCCAUAGCCCCCUCCAGUGAAGAUUAUGAUUUCGGUGACAUCUUCCCUGUGCUGCAGUCAUUGCCAAGUGCAGACUGGGAAGAGGGCGACCUGACGGACCAGGCCAGCUGCCCGCGCUCCAGCGGCUCCGACCCGCAGACGGUCAUCAGCGACACCGUGGUCCUCUCUUCCGGCGCUCUGAGGAUGAAGGUAACAUCUCAUCUAGCUCCUCACAGCCCCACCUUCAGACACAACCCCUUCAACGAGGACUCGGACACCAACACCUCGGCCGACGUCACGCCAGUGCACGUGGCCAGCAGACACAACUCCUUCACAGCUGGAGAGGACACAGAGGGCACCGGCAACGAGCUGGAGGUCAUCAGGAUGGCCAGGCGGAAGAAACCAGCCAAGAAGCGUCGAGGGAGGGGCUCCACAGAUUCUCUCAGCAGCAUCCACAACUCUGUAUCCUCUGAGCACAUGGAACUGGACCACCACCAUCUGCCCUCAGAGGAUGUGGAGUCACUAAACGGGACCCUGAUUCAGCUGGAUGCUGAGGCGGAGAUGAGGAGAAGUAGGGUGGGAUCAGAGGUUGUGGAGGAAGGAACGGAAGGCCUCCUACGGCUCCCGGAGAUGACGGACACCUCCAUGGACACCGUGGGUCAGCCCCUGCGUGAUGUCAUGGACCGGAUAAACGGCACUCUGGAUAGGGAGGAUGUGUGGGAGCAUCGAGAGGAGACAGAGAAGGAGAAAAGCAGUAAAGGCAGCGAGAGGGGCCCCAAACCUCCUUCCCAGCAGCCCUUUCGAGAGGCAUCAGAGGGCGAGCCCCCCGACCCGGCCCGAGGAAAGACGCCUCGCUCCCCUCUGCCCACAAACCACCACUUCUUGCUUGCCUCUCCUGCGCCCGCAGACUUAUGCUGCUUUACCGCUGACAGUCCAGGCUCUCCUCCCACGGGUGGUGGCCACCAUGACCCUGCAGAGCAUCAUCAGCCGCAGAAUCUUCCAGGUGGCCCUCAAGAUGAAGCAGAGGCAGAAGGACAGGAGCCAGAGUUAAAGGCGGAAGAAGGUACAGAAGAAGAAGAAGAAGAAAACAACAAGAAUACAUGUAAUGAGGAGGCAGAGAGUUCUCAUCCUGCUGAGUUUAAGGUGGACAACAAUCACCUGCUUCUUCUCAUGAUUCACGUGUUCAGGGAGAAUGAGGAGCAGCUUUUCAAGAUGUUGAGAAUGAGCACAGGCCAUAUGGAGGGCGACCUGCAGCCCCUGUACCUGCUGCUGACUGACUGUUACAUCUACCUGCUUAGGAAGGGAGCAGCAGAGAAGCCUUACACCGUAGAAGACGCCGUUUCUUACAAUGAGAUGGACUAUCUUUCAGUGGGCCUUGACCAACAGACAGUGAUGGUGGUUUGCAACAACAGAAGAAGGAAGUUCCUGUUGGACACAGCUGAUGCUUCUCUGACUCUGUGUUUCUUAUCCAUUCUGAAGUCAGCCAUGGUGAAGGGAUGUCGUGAGCCUCCGUACCCCUCUGUGCUGACGGACGCUACCAUGGAGAAACUGGCCCUCACUAAGUUUGUCUCCCAGGAAUCUCACUGUGAGGCAUAUGAAGUGUCUAUCCAGCUGUAUUCCCUGGUCCACUGGGAGGAUCCCAUGGACAUGACUCUGUCCCCCCAGGGUGGCCCACCAUCUGCUGGAUGGCCUGCCAGCACCAAAGAGGGGUCUCUGCAGUACCGCUCCGGAACCACCUACCUGGGCAAGGAGCUGUGGAAGAGCUGCUACCUCGUCCUCAGCAAAGGGAAUCUGUACCUGUAUGCAGAAAGAACUGAUGUCACGCCUGUGCUGUCCGUCACUAUGGGAGGAGAGCACUGUGGAGGCUGCCGGCGCUCCAACAGCACGGAGCGGCCCCACGCCUUCCAGGUCAUCCUGACGGAGCGCCCCCCGCUGGAGCUCAGCGCCAACAACGAGCAGGACAUGUCCGAGUGGAUGCUGCUGCUCUGCCAGUCCGUCUCCAAAGGGGUCAUCCCUCAGGGUGUGGCCCCCACUCCCUGUAUCCCAUGUUGCCUGGUGAUGACAGACAGGAAGCUGCUCACCUGCCAUCAGGACUGUCAGACCAGCUUCUUCCGCUCGCUGGGCAGCGCCGACAUCUGUGAUGUCACCGCUGUCAGCGUGGAGGCCGACAAGGAGUACUGCGUCAUUGAGUUUGCCUCAGAUCGGACACAGUUCCUUCCUCCCUGGGUGUUGUACUUCAGCGGCUGUGAGGAGAGAGAUCGCCUGAUGGACGUGUUAAGCACCACAUGGAAGGCCAUUUUCCAGGUUGACCUCCCCCACAGAGAGGUGGUGGACCCCUCUGUGCAGAAGCGCUGCAGCGAGGCCCUCGUCCUGAUGCACAGCGCCUGGCAGAGGGCAGACAGUCUGGCCCGAGGCAGAGCGCAGCGUGAACCCUGGUGCUGACAGACACACACUCACACACUCACCUGUGGGUCGCCACUGAGAUAUACUGAUAAACGGUUUGCUAUAGUAGCACGAAAAAAUAGAUUAAACUCUGGCAAACAGCCGCUGUAACCUGAGCUCAAAGCUAAAAAGAUCAGACGUGGUUAUUGGGCGUCGCACUGCAGCGUGAGCUUGUGAUGCACCUCUGAGACACCGAUCUCUAUCAGAGAACUGCCUGCAGGAGUAGCAAGCAUCCAGCAGAUCACAUCGCAGUGAUGCAACAGCCACACAUUCUUAAUCUAAAUGAAAUGAACGAAGACUAAUGGAUGGAUACAACCGAUUUUAUUUGAUGCUCGUGACACAUAUUCCUUUAUUAGAGGAUAUUAAGAAAUAGCAGCAAUGCAGAAUAGCUAAUGAAGGACAAUAUUGUGUCUCUGUAUGGAAAAAGCUCAUAGGAUUUGGCCAGGGGUAAUAACAGAAGGAACACAGAUACAAGUCAAGUCUUAGACUUUAUAAAGAUAAAAGAAACAUUUGACGAAGCAGUUACCAGCAGGUUCACUCCACAGAGAAAUGUUUUCUCUUAAUCUGGGAUAUAUGUGGAGAAAGCCAUAUGUUAAGGGCUCAGUUGACUCCUAUUUGCGACGUGGAAAAGUUCACACUCCAUGCCUUGCAGACACACAGAAAAAACGCUUUCUUUUCGCACAUAAAUGUGUGUUUAGUGAGGGCCCGUGACCAUACAGCGUCUUUUUAAAAAAAUGGAUCCAAUGAGAACAGUGCAUGAUGUCGGAAGCGUAUUUUUUCCGAGUGCUCUUCUGUCAAAUGGAAACUAUCAUAAGUUUCAUAAGAGACCGUAAAGCCCAUUGGUUGGAGCAGAAACAAACAUUGUGAACAAAUAUAUAGUAGCACAAACGGAUGAUGAAAUCCAUGCUUGUCAGUCAACAGCUGCAACCCCUUUUUUGACAUAUCGUUGUCAUAGAAACAAUAAAAAAGCGCAGGGAGCGUUUUAUUGUUGAAACGCUGGGAACGUCCGCUGCCAGCGAUUUUCCGCAAGAAAAAGGCGCUAUGGGGCACGUGCCCUACAAGAUGUGCUACUAAAGUACAACAUAGAGCAAAACACAGGCUGUGUAGCAUCAACUCACUGAUGGUUUCUAAUACUCCGUUCUGGUUUGUCUGCGGGCACAUACCUCUACACUGAAUUAUUGCCACAUAAGCUCGAGAGGAGGAGGAUCUCAAUAUGAAGGAUAUCUUUAUAUUUAGCUGUUUCACUGUGCAUGACAUGCUCCUGUCGUCUAUCUGAACUCUUGCUAAACCAAUUUAAAGAUUUCUUUUAAAUCAGGAAAUGCAACAGACUUGCCUUUUUCUCCGCGCUGUAGAGACGAGCGGAGGCUUCCAUGCAGACUUGCACCUUGUGUUCGCUGUUGUUUUUCACAACAGUACCAGUUGUGGUUAUGUGUUAGUAUCAUAACAUGCUUUCAUUUCCAUUGUAGAGAAGUGUUACUAAAUUAUUUAAUUCAUAGUGGACAUUUCAUUGUUCCUGAUAUUGGCGUAUAUACCUCUCUUGUAGUGUAUCGAGUAAGAAGAAUGUCAGUCAGUGUGAAGAAUAUGUUACAGACUGAGAGCUAGGAGUUGUCUUUUGUUUAAAAUGAGUGGCAUCAUACUGUACUGUGCAGCACGACCUGACCACUCCACUAAAUGAUACCAUGCCUUUCUGCACUAGUCAUUAAGACACUAUUUGAGGUUUAUGAAAUCUUUAAAUACCCUUUUAACCAAGAGCAGAGUAUCAUCUGUUCUUAGCCGAUAAGUACUCUGUAAAAUCAUCUAAUAUUAAAGCAUUACUUGGAGAAGUAAUAAGAAUUGAAAAAGCCUAAACCGGCCGUGAUAAGGGCUGGGUAAUAUAUCGUUAUUAGAUCGAUAUUGUGAUAUGACACAAGAUAUCAUCUUACAUUUCUGAGCGUAAUGGUGUCUUUUCUUGGUUUUAAAGGCUGGAUUUAGUUUGAGCCAUACUACUAUUUGCCUUAAUAUCCACAAAACUAUGCAUUAUUUAAAAAUGUGAAAGCACAGUCAACACUAUAAUACGUCCCAAUAUCUAUAUCAAGGUAUUUGAUCAGAAAUAUGGUGAUAUUUGAUUUUCUCCAUAUUGCCAGCCAUUUCUUCUUCUUGCCACAGAAUGCUCAUGUCAGCAUCUAUUUAUUUUCCAGAAGGUGUAAUAAUGACAAUUGUCCAAUAAGAGGCUUUGCCUAAAAUGAUAUUGGGUUAAGCAUCUGCCUUCUACACUACCACUGAUUUAGCUGCUCUGUGUAACGGUGUGUUUCUGCUCUCAUCAUGAGUCUGAAAUCAGCGUUAGGUUUCUUUUGCAAUGACAAUGUUGCCUUUAUGGACAACCCAUGUCUAAACCGUACAAAAUGGCCAAUUUGGUUCCAACUAAAUGAAGCACUAAUCAUCCUUAUUAUCUGUUGCCUUACCCUGUACAAUUUGACAGACUGUGUUGGAACACUGAAACAAUCAUCUUUUGAUUUGAGUUCUGGUUUCUUUUGAAAGACAAGUUAAAGUAUGUGCUGUAUGUCGGGCUGAGUAUCCAAUGUUCUGAAGUACAGACAUCAAGGUGUCUGUAUUGAAUGCUGGUCCUUAUGCUCAUUGUUAUUUAGUUACACAGUUCCUGAUGUUUGCCGUUGGAAUCGGGCAGGUUUGUGUCGAAAAAUGUGAUUCUAUUCAGCCAAAUAUCUCCAAAUAAUGACCAUUUUGGGGUUUUUUUCCCCAAAGUUUUGAACACGCCUAGAAAAACCUUCAAUUGAUACCCAGCCUUAUGUCAUAAAUGUAUGUUUGUGCAAAAUGUCUUUCUCCACUACAUGUUCAUGUCCACAUUAUCAGUGCUUUAAGCCUCUCGAAGUGCUACCAUUCAACUUCGGCUCUUUUACAAAGAAAUCUAAUCUCAGGUGAAAAAGGUACGUCGCAUCCGAAACCUUAGCACUCACCGUUUGUUUUUAAUAUUGUUUGGACAAACAAUACAAAUAUUGUUUGUCCAAAUUCAUCUUUUUUUUUAAUUCUUUUUUUUCUCUAUUUUGUUUGGACGCAGCGUUGUGAAGUUGUUUUGCGCACCUAAACAGACAAGGCUGCAAAGGAAUAUUAAAUGAUGGAUAAGGUGGUAUGUAAAAGUCCUUUUUAAUAAUUCAGUGAGAUCUAAAAAAGGAUGUAGCUCACCAAGUGGAUUAUUGAAGGUAUUUUUGACCAGGGAGAGUUGGACUUACUUGAAUUGUUUGUUGGAUUAUCUAUAAAAGAAAUAAAGUUGUGGCCUAUGAAGUGUAUAUAAAGAAAAAGGUUAAAGUUUCGUCUUUUUUGAACAGAGGGUUUGAAUGUGGGACAUUGCUGGCCAAUGAUGGAUGACAUCUUCUAAGUGAAAAGCGCCUUUUCGAUUUUGUUCAUAAAUGUAUACUGCAAGUAAUAUUUGUACAUGUUUAGCGGUUUUAUUGAAUUGUAAAUAGAGCACUAAUCGAAUAUAACAUACUGUACACUCGCACAUAAAAACGUGCAUGUCCAGAAGGUUUUAUAAUGUUAAUGAAUGUACAAAUAUACCUUUGUGAUUGGAAAGCGUAACUGAAUAAACUGAGAUGAAAACAUU